AUGGCGCAGCCGCCGGUUCCCCUCAAGGACAUGAAGCUGCUGGACGUGAAGCUGGGCCAGCUGCCCACCUGGCUGGCCAUGCUAGACUUCACCCCCGGCGGCAUCGUGGGGGCCCUGCGAAGAGGUUACGACAGAUACUACAAUAAAUAUAUCAAUGUCAAGAAAGGGGGCCUCGGUGGUAUCUCCAUGGUGCUUGCUGGUUAUGUUGUUGUCAGCUACAUCUGGAGCUACAGUCACCUGAAGCAUGACCGCCACAGGAAGUACCACUGA